GGCGCGCCCAGGCUCCCUGCUCUGGUAUCAGACACUCUCCUCCCUAACUCUUGGGGAGUGGGAAGAGCCCUGUGGACCAGUUCCGGGUUACGAAGCCCGGAGUGGGGGUGGGGCAGUAGUCUUCACAAGAACUAUAGGAGAGGCGGAGUGUACUAAGAGGAAGUCUUCUCACCUUGGGGAUCCACUCCCUGAUGGACCACAGUCUGACCCAAGCAGAUUCCCUGGAGCUAAAGGGAAUGGCCCCUGGGACCCAGAGAUCCCCAUCCCAGGGGUUAAUAACAUUCAAGGAUGUGGCUGUGGACCUCAACCUGGAGGAGUGGUGCCUAUUGGACCAUUCUCAGAAAGAGUUAUACCUGGAGGUCAUGCUGGAGAAUGUGCAGAAUCUCCUCUCUGUGGGACUUCCCGUUCCUAGAGAAGAUUUUCUCUCCUGUUUUCAGCAAGGAGAAGCACGAUGGCUGCUAGAGCAAAAAGGCCCAAUGGGCUCCUGUCCAGAGACCAAUUUGGAAAUGAAGAAGAUAUCUACAAAGCUGAGCCUUUUUGUGCAAGGAUGUGACCCUCAAAGGUGCAUGAAUGAGGGUUCCUGUGACUUGAUUUUGAGAGAAAUCUGUGACUCUAAUAUCCUGGUAAAUAAAAACCCAAAGAACGACUAUGAAUUUGUUGAAACAACAGAGAAAUUCAGACAGUAUUCAAUCCUAUAUCAGCAUAUGAAAUUAACUUCAGGAAGUAACUGUUCUCAGAAUAAUGAAUACAGCAAAUACUCUCCUGAAGAAGUUGGAUCUGUUAAGUCACAUGAGAAACCUCCUGAAAUGCCUGUGUAUCAUGAUAUUAUUAGACAUCCAAAAAGUAAACAUGUAGAGAUGCUUUCUGUGAGUACUAAAGAUGGGGGACCAUUCAGUCAGAAGUCUGAGCUUGAUUCACAUCAAAGAAUUCACUGUGGAGAGAAACCUUAUGCAUGUAAACAGUGUGGAAAAGCUUUCACAAAUAGGGCCCGUCUUGCCAGACAUCAAACAGUCCACUCUGGAGAAAAACCUUAUGAAUGUAAACAAUGUGGAAAGGCUUUCUCACAGAAGGUCAGUCUUGUCAGACAUCAAACAGUCCACUCUGGAGAAAAACCUUAUGAAUGUAAACAGUGUGGAAAGGCUUUCACAUUGAGCUUCAGUCUUAGUGUACAUCAGAGAAUCCACACAGGAGAGAAACCUUAUGAAUGCAAACAAUGUGGAAAGGCUUUUACAAGGUUUGGUGGUCUUGCUACACAUCAGAAAAUCCACACUGGAGAGAAACCUUAUGAAUGUAAACAAUGUGGAAAGACUUUCACAGAGAGGGACCGUCUUGCCUCACAUCAGAGAAUCCACACUGGAGAGAAACCUUAUGAGUGUAAACAAUGUGGGAAAGCAUUUUCAAUGAGGAGCAGUCUUACUCAACAUCAGAGAAUCCACUCUGGAGAGAAACCUUAUGAAUGUGAACAAUGUGGAAAGACUUUCAGAUGGUGCAGCCUUCUUUCUGAACAUCAGAGAAUCCACACUGGAGAGAAACCUUAUGAAUGUAAACAAUGUGGAAAGGCUUUCACACGGUGGUGUACUCUUGCUAAACAUCAGAGAAUCCACUCUGGAGAGAAACCAUAUGAAUGUAAACAGUGUGGAAAGACUUUCACACGGUGGUGCACUCUUGCUGAACAUCAGAGAAUACACACUGGAGAGAAACUUUAUGAAUGUAAACAAUGUGGAAAGGCUUUCACAUGGAGGGUCGGUCUUGCUGCACAUCAGAAAAUCCACUCUGGAGAGAAACCUUAUGAAUGUAAACAAUGUGGAAAGGCUUUUGCACAGAAGGUCACUCUUGCUAACCAUCAGAUGAUCCACUCUGGAGAGAAACCUUAUGAAUGUAAAAAAUGUGGAAAGGCUUUUUCAGUGAGCUCCUCUCUUGCCAGACAUCAGAUAGUCCACACAGGAGAAAAACCUUAUGAAUGUAAACAAUGUGGAAAGGCAUUUGCAUUAAAGCACAGUCUUGCUGAACAUCAGAAAAUCCACUCUGGAGAGAAACCUUAUGAAUGUAAACAAUGUGGGAAAGCAUUUGCAGUGAAGAGUAGUCUAGCUAUACAUCAGAAAUUCCACACUGGAGAGAAAUCUUUUGAAUGUGAACAAUGUGGAAAGGCUUUCACCCUAAGGGGCUCCCUUGCCAGACAUCAGACAGUCCACUCUGGAGAAAAACCUUAUGAAUGUAAACAGUGUGGAAAGGCUUUCUCCCUGAGGGGCUCCCUUGCCAGACAUCAAAUAGUCCAUACAGGAGAGAAGCCUUAUGAAUGUAAAGAGUGUGGAAAGGCUUUCACUCAGAGACGCAGUCUUGCUGAACAUCAGAGAAUCCACACUGGAGAGUGAAAUAAGUGGGUUACUUGUUCUAGAGUGUUCGUAGACUAGGAUAGUAGGUAGUUUUGUCUGUUAUAGGCUGUGGGCCUGUCUCGUAGGCCCACCACUUGCUUAUUGUUAAAACAUCAUCUGACUGCUAUUUGGGUUUAUAAAAUGAAAAUGGGUUUAUUUCAAAGAUUCAAAACAGGGAAAAGGAAGGAGGGCCAGAGGAUUUCCUCAAUCACUAGGUGUAUAACACCUCCGUCCAAUCUGUGGGUUUCUCAUGAACCCCUCUUCUGUUUCUUGACACUCCUUAGUCUAUUCUGACUGUCUUGAACCCCAAAAUCCUAUCUAGCUUCCUGACUACUGGCCGUCAAUAAAGUUGGUUGGCUUGAUUAUAGUUCACUUUUAUAGAUAGGUCGCAUGGGGUGAAGAGACUGGCAAAGUCACCCUAGUGGGUCCAACUAAAGAUGGCUAGGCCUUAGUUCAGACUGACAAAAUACUCAUCUCAGGUUGGCUUCUUAGUCACAGAUGAAAUAUGUCAAGGCACUGGAACACAGGAAUCAGUUCAAGGCAUCAAGAGAAAUCUGGAUGGAUCUCAUCUCUCCCCUGGAGACAGGAUGGUUGUUGAUAAGAGAAAUCUCAGAAACAGGGCCAAUGACUUCCAACAGAAAGUCCAUUAACCUAGGCAGGAAGUGAUCCCUCCAAACUCCAGAAGAGACAGGAACACUGCCCCGCCCAACUCUCUGAGUCCCCUUAAAUGCUUUCCUUACAUUCCUUGCAACCUUUCCUGUUAUUUUCUGUGUGUGAGCCAACCCAGCUAUGCAGAGUAAAUCACAAAUCUCUGCAAAAUCUUCUUCCCUUAGUUUCUACCUUUUCAUUCUCCCCUUUGCACAGAGUAAAACUCAUUUUAACAAAAUUAGUUGUAUCCUCUGUGCACCAGUAUACUUACCUUCUUUACUUAUUCUAUAGAGUCUAACUCCAAAAUAAUAAACAACUACUCUUACUAAGCUAUACCUAUUUCAUCUACCCUAUUGUUUUAUUAUUUAUUAUUCUUUCAAUAAACACAAUGGAGCAUAAACUCUUACAAAAAAUACAAUCUGACUAAAAAAAUAAAUAUGGAAAAUGCAUCUUAAAAAUCUAAUCUGAACAAUUCAAAACAAAGUCUUUCCUUUUUACCUGCCAUUUCUAAUACAUUUAACCAAACUUGUACAUUGAACUGUGAACUAGGCAUCUUAUCCUAUAAAUCUGACUAUGCACAUCCAUUUUACAUAUUCAUUAUACAUAUAUCUACAUAUAUUUACAUUUUAUACAACUCAUGUAUACAUAUGUACAUUAUAAUUAUGCUAUAACUACAUUACAAGUACAUAAUUAAUAGAUAUAUUUACAUAUGUGUGUAAUAUGUAAUCUAUUUAUUGUAUGUUCCUACAGUAACCUCUACUAUGUUCUGACACUAACCUCUACUAUGAUUCCUAUCUGUUCCCUGAUGUUAUCCAAAUAGAAUAUCUCAAACAGACCUUCUAUUUAGAAAAGAUCUUAUAGAUCUAAUACCUAACUGUGUAAAACUUAAAAACUAAUAUAUAGUAACUUCAAAUAUUGUUGUAAUAAGGUUUAUUAAUAAUCACUAGAAGUAAAGGAAUAAAAAGGUAAUUAUUUAACCAUACAAAACCAUGUGCCCAUGGCUAAUCUAAUUGCUCAAAAUGGCCCGCUCCAUCAAAACUGUGACAGGAAGGAGAGCUAGACACAGAACUCCACCCAGUUUAUCUCUUGACUAUGUUAGCAAGCAACAACAGGAAGUUAGUGGGUUCCUGGGUAAUGUAGUUUAAAGACAUCAGAAGAACUUCAGGUGGAUAUGAUCUCUCCCUCAGAGAAAGAAUGGUUGAUAGGAGAAAUCUCAGGAAAAGAGCCAAUGGCUUCCAACAGAAUGUCUGUUAACCCAGGCAUUCCUCCAAACACCAGAAGACACAGGAACACUCCCUUCUUCCAGUUCUUUGAGUUCCCUUAAAUCAUUUCCUUACAUUCCUUGGAACUUUUCAUAUUCUGUUCUGGGUGUGAGCCAACCCAGCUAUGCAGAGUAAAUCACAAACCUCUGCAAAAAGCUUCUUCCCUUUAUUUCUACCUUUUCAAAAGAAACCUUAUGAAUGUGGACAAUGUGGCAAGGCUUUCGCAGAGACAUGGUCUUGCUAAACUUUAGAGAAUCCACACUGGAGAGAAACAUUAUAAAUGUAAGUAAUGUGGAUAGGAUUUCACACAGAUAGGCCAUCUUAUAGACAUCCAGACUGGAGACCAACAUUAUGAAUGUGAACAAUGUGGAAAGGCUUUGACAACGGGGGGGAUUUCUUGCCAGACAUCAGACAAUACACUGUCUGGAAACCUUUUGAAUAUACUAUUAAGAGAGUUGUUCUUAAUUUCUCCUUUUCUUCUCUUUUAAGAGGCAAGGGAACAAAAAGAUUUCUGAGUAAGAACCCCCCUGCUGUGCAGACGGUCACUUGAUGACAGAAGGGUGUGACUGACGGUUGGUAGGUGAGUUGCAGGCAGUUUAAAGGGGCUUUGGUCUCUGUUUCCCCUGGGGAGAGGAGUGUUUGGCUCUCUCUCAGGGAUAGAUAUUUUUUUUCUAACUGAGAAUUGGAGAUAGAGAAACAGAUUUUAAAGCCUUAACAGUCUCAUUGAUUCCUGUUUAGAUUAGGUAGGUAGAUGGUAAAUUAUUAGGUAAUCAGUGUAGAGAAGUUUAGGCCUUCGCUUGGCCCUGGCAGAAGAAGCUGCCCUCGAAGACAGAUAGAUUUAUGGUUUUUUAGAAAAAUUUUAGUUAGGAUUGGGGUCUUAGGUAUAGUUAUGUGCUAUUAUAAGAUUACUCUGACUUUCCUUCUUUCUAUUUCCUAUCUGAAUUUCCCUAUAAAUAAAAUAAGUGUUUUGUGUUUACCAAA